ACUUUAUUAUAUAGUAUCUUCUUGAUUAAAAGAAAUAAAACUAUUAAUAUAACAAUUAAUGUCGUUUCAACGUAAUUUCACCAUUUUUUAACGUUUUUCAUACAAUGAACCUGUGAAUUAUGCAUUACUAUUUUCUACUAUGUUGAUGGCAUUCCGCAUUACUUCAAAUUGAUUGCAAAAUAAUUAUGUUCGUACGUAAGUGUAUGGGAUAUUCAUAGUAGGUAUAUACUAUUUAUUUUCCAUAAGACCAAACUCAACUCUUAUGAUGGAGCUUAGCACGGGCACAAAAAACCUCGUAAAAUUUAUAUUAGAUGACUGGAAGCUUUUGCUCAUUUUAACUAUUGUAUUUUUGUUAUAUUUCUACUACACAAGCACCCACGAUUUUUUUGAAAAAAGAGGAAUAAAAUUCAUGAAACCUGUUUUCUUAGUUGGUAAUCUUGGAGAAAGACUUAGAGGGAUUAAAUCUUUUCAUGAUUUUCAAUUGGACAUCUAUAACUAUUUUAAAGGGCAGCCUUAUGGAGGUAUAUUUGAAGGGCGAAGGCCGAUCCUGUAUCUCAUUGAUAGCGACAUCAUUAAAGCAGUAACUAUUCGUGAUUUCGAUCACUUCACAGAUAGAAAUGGAUUUAGAAGUCGGGAACCAAGAUAUUUAAGUAGAAGUAUUUUAAACUUAAAGGGAUCUGAAUGGAAAGCAGUUCGAAGUAUUAUGACACCAUCAUUUAGUUCAUCUCGUCUUAAGAACAUGAUACCUCUUUUACAAACAUGUGCAGACCAAAUGGUUGGAUUUUUAAGUCAAUUUGAUAAAAAAGAUAUUGAGAUGAAAGACAUGAUGGGUCACUUUACAUUAGAAGUAAUUGGGGCCUCGGCUUUUGGUAUCAGAUCAGAUGCUCUUACUGAUGAAAACGCAAAAUUUGUAAAGGUAGCAGAAAAAGUCAGUGACAUGUCCAUGCCCAAGAGAUUAUUAAUAUUUUUCGUAUUAAUUUUUAUGCCAAGCUUUAUUAGAUUCUUCAACAUUUCGUUCCUAAACCGGGAAGUAGUAGAGAAGUUAAAUGACAUGUUGCAAGUCACAAAGGCACAACGAAGAACGACAAAAGACAAGCACAAUGACUUCUUGCAGCUAUUAAUGGAUGCAGCGGAAAAGGAAAAAGAACAGUUAGGAAGCAAUCAUUCAGAAAUGCAUUUAGACGAUGACACUGUCGACGCACAAAGUAUAAUAUUCCUUGUAGCUGGUUUCGAAACUUCUAGUACAUUGUUAUCGUUUGCCGUGCACGUGCUCGCUACCAAACCAGAACUUCAGGAGAAGCUUCGAGAACAUGUAAUAACAGUUACAGAAGGAAAGGAAAUUAACUAUGAUCUUCUCACACAACUUGACUAUUUGGAAGCUUUUCUACUUGAAACAUUACGCAUAUAUCCCCCCGUGUCAAGGAUCGACAGAGUCGUCACAAAGCCAUAUGUUUUACCGGGUACAUCCAUAAAGUUAAACGUGGGGCAAGCUGUCGCGAUACCAAUAUACGGGAUACAUAUGGACCCAAAUAUUUAUCCAGAGCCUCAUGAGUUCAGACCUGAAAGGUUCCUGAAGGAUGCAAAGGUGGACAGACCCUCGCAUUUGUUCUUGGCGUUCGGCGCUGGACCCAGGAAUUGUAUUGGUCUUCGCUUCGCAAUGAUCUCCGCAAAGUUGGCAAUGGUCGCUCUAAUGAAAAACUUUAGAUUUAAAACGUGUCCUAAAACCGAGGAUCCGGUACAAUUCGAUAAACGCGCUGUUUUACUGAAAGCUAGCUCGGGUUUGUAUGUCAAUUUGGAGAAAAUAUAAACUCUGAUGUUUAGAUCGAAAUGCACUUUUAUGUUAUUUGUAUUUACGGGUGUAUGUUUUAUAUUAAAAUCAUAUUUAAUUUUAUUUGUAACUGUCAUAUCAUACUAUGCAAUAAAAAUAUCAAUAAUGUUCGUAUAGCAUAUAAUUGUAGUAAAAAAGCGCAAAACGUACACUUCAAAUUCGACGUUUUGUUGUUGCUUGUCUCUUUAAAAAAUUCGAAUACCUGUAUUGCAAUCACGUAUAAGUAACUAAUAUUAUAUAAACUAUAAAAAAACGAAUAAAACAUACUUAAAAAAUAUAUAAUCCAUUCGAAUAAUACUGUGGACGAUGAUUUAAAGAAGAAAAAUAAAGCUUAAUUAAAGACAAACAUUCACCAUCAAGUAUUCAAAUAUGAACUAAAGAAUUUAUAGCUAUGAUGGAUCCAUCUUUUUGGAAAAAGUACACCUAUUAAGGUUAUAUAAAGAAAACAUUUGUUAAGGUCUUUAUCGAUAUCUCUUUAUUCGAAUUAAAAUUUAAUAUUUCUUAGGUAUAUAACUACAUGUAACAACAAGUAAUGUUAUUAUUAUUGUAUUUGUAUGGUUCAUGGCAUUAAAAAGAUGGGCAAUUAGUUGAUAAAAAAGUUGUUUGAAAUUAUUAAUUGAAUUUUCAUUAAAAUCAUUAUCAUGAAUAUUUGGAAUGUACACAAAUAUUUAUAAUAUCGUUACCUUACUUUCGUAAUAAAGUAAUUUCCUAUUUAAUUAACUUGCAUUUUAACCGACUUCAAAAAAACUGUUAUAAUGUGUAUUGUUUUACUCAACAAUACUUGGAAAUCAUACAUAGGUAAUUGUUUAUUUAUCAAUGAAUUAUCAAUUUACUGCAACAAUGAGCUUUGUAGUUACAUAUAAUCAAUAUUGUGAUAACAAGUGCAAACAUGAUAAAGCAUUGUGAUAUAAUAAUGUUAAGCGAAAUAGUCACCAUUAAUAAUAGAGCAAAGAAUAAUUUUAUAAUUACGAUAACUCGAAUAAGUGCAAUUUUUUGCAUGUGAUCUGCACGAUGGAACUACUCAAUGGAACUUUAUUUUGAAUACGCUGAUUAUGUAAAGAAUAAGCAACAAAACUAUUUAAAACUUUUUUUUCUUGAACUGUUUAUAUCUUUUGUGAACAGAUCGAACGAACAAAUUUUUAUGCAAUCAACCUCGGGAACUAUAAAUUCCUGACACUCUGUAUUGCCGUCCUGCUUGCCAAAUAUUUAAAAAAUAAGAUAUUUACAGAUAAUGCAAUUUGUAUCAUUUAAGCUCAAUUUUAAACAAAGUCAAAUUUGUAUCGUAAAUGUAAUUAAUUAUUUUUUGAAUAUUAUGUGAUUAAUCAUAUUAUUUGUAAUACUCGAGGGUGUACAUUCUUUUCAAUACAGAAAACAGAAUCAAUUUACUUGGUACUCUUAAAUGUUAUUAGGCCAAUUUUAUAAUGCAAAUGAUUUGUUUUUUUUUUUU